AUGUCUGUCCUGAAGCCUCGUCGCUAUUACCGCCUUGGUGAUAGGCACUAUACCCAGGUCUCCGGCCCUCCACUUCUUACAGAGGAGGAAUACGCUGCGCAUCAGUAUGCAAACCGCCGUGCCAUUGAGCGUCUUGACCAAAGCCUCGAGGAAGUUAUGCACCACCUAAAUCACCAACUGAAGGACGGCUCUUUCACUACCAUUGUGGAAAUUGGUAUGAAACUGAAGGAGAUUAUUGAAGAUUGCGAAGAUGUCCGUCAGAUUGUGGUGGACGACUCGACCUGCUUCAAUCUUUACCCAGGAAAGGGUUACGAGAGCCCGGAGAUCAUACUGUGCCCAGCUAGAAAUGAACAACUUGUGAUAGCCAUGGUCGUUAUGGUUCCCAUAAUCCUCCUGUUCAUUCUUUUCACUUCGCCUUACGCCAUGUUCUGGAGAAUCUUUUAA